CUCGGGGCUCCGGGGCCCGCGGGAGCCUGUGGUCGGAGCGGAAGGAGGUGGAGGAGGAGGAAGCCCAGGCGGUGGAGGUGACUGCUUAGGAAACUGUACAGUCCACCAGUAUCUGAUGAAAUUACUGACUAAGCAAAUCAACCAUGUCUUACACAUCAGGAACCAGUGGUGACCCCACUCAGCUGGCCCAGCGGAUCUCUUCCAACAUCCAGAAGAUCACACAAUGUUCUGUGGAAAUACAGAGGACACUGAAUCAACUUGGAACACCUCAAGAUACACCUGAAUUGAGGCAACAGCUGCAACAGAAGCAGCAGUAUACUAACCAACUUGCUAAAGAAACAGAUAAGUACAUUAAAGAGUUUGGAUCUCUGCCUACCACCCCCAGUGAGCAGCGUCAAAGGAAAAUACAGAAGGACCGCUUAGUGGCUGAGUUCACAACAUCACUGACCAACUUUCAGAAGGUCCAGAGGCAAGCUGCUGAGAAAGAGAAAGACUUUGUGGCCCGAGUGAGAGCCAGUUCCAGAGUAUCUGGUGGUUUUCCUGAGGAGAGCGCAAAAGACAGGAAUCUUGUAUCGUGGGAAAGCCAAACUCAAUCUCAAGUGCAAGUACAAGAUGAUGAAAUUACAGAGGAUGACCUCCGCCUUAUCCAUGAGAGAGAGUCUUCUAUUAGGCAACUUGAAGCUGAUAUUAUGGAUAUUAAUGAAAUAUUUAAAGAUUUGGGAAUGAUGAUUCAUGAGCAAGGAGAUGUGAUAGAUAGCAUAGAAGCCAACGUCGAAAAUGCAGAGGUGCAUGUUCAGCAAGCAAACCAGCAGCUGUCGAGGGCAUCAGAUUAUCAGCGCAAAUCCAGAAAAACCAUCUGCAUCAUCAUUUCUCUCCUUGUCAUCGGAAUUGUAAUUAUUGGUGUCAUAUGGGGAGUGAAAGGCUAAAAUUAUGAAGGAGCACGCUGUUGCAUUGAGUUAUCUAAAUUAUGUAGGAAAGUUCCUGAAAUCAUGGUUUUUUAUUAUUUUAAAGGUGUUGCAUAAAGGACGGCUCCCAUACUUUUUAUUUGGGGGAAAUUUUCCUUUGGAUCAAAUAUGUUAUUUCCUAAUACUGAAAGUUUUUCUAAAUAUCAGUGCUGGGCAUAACUUCCAUGAUUUUUGGUCUAAUAACUCUUAGUUUGUUUGCCCACAUUGUAUAUGUCCUUCAUGUAUAAUUUAUUUAUCAUGUUGACUUGAUUUUUGGAAUUAAUAAGUUUAAAGGUGU